UAAUACAGGCCUUCAAGGCAUAUGGCGGACCUUUUAGUGUUUUAUAUAUUUUUGCAUGAAAACUGAUAAAUUCUUUUAGUUAUGAACAUCUCGUGACCGCUAAAGCGUUGUUGUUAAAAGUAGCUUAUAAAUGUUAGUUUUUAAUGUGUAAAUAAGUUUAUUAUACCUAGAACCUUGUAAAUAUUGAUAGUAUUUUCGUGCGUGGACGUUUUUAUCCGUAUUGUCUUGUGAAAAACGAAAAGUCUGUGAUAUAAACAAUAGGUACCUAGUUGAUAGUAUAAUUUCCUGAAGACUUUUGUAAAUAUUGUAUAGUUAUUUUGGAAUUUUAGUAGAGUUAAUAUAUUGAACGAAGACUGAGAUAUUGAGUGUGAUUACGAGCUAUGUCAGCUGUGAAUUUAUUGGCUUCACUGAGGGAGAAGCCAACGGACAGCAACCAAACGAAUGGACCGAUUCAAUCAGGUCACGAUGAAAGCGUGGGUUCCGGCGGCGGCGGUGACCCGGCCGUGCUUGCGGUGGGGCCGGUGCGGCGUCCGCUGCAGUACACGCGCGACGAACUCAUGCGCCUGCGCAACUCGCCGCUCGUCAAACGCGGCCUCGAGAACGCCUUCGCCGGCAACGACACGCUGGCGCUGGUUAUGAAGAGACGUUCCGAGUCACCGUGCGAAGAAGAUAAAGGGGGCAGAGGAGAUGCGCCUGCGGAAAAUCAUAAAGGUGUAUACGGUCGAGACCGCGAUCGCGAUCGGGAGCGCCGUUCGGCGGACCCGCGCGAGCGCGUGCGCAAGGAGAGCGAGACGAGCGCCGGCGGGAUCGUGCUGUCGCCCCAGCGGCGCUCAUUCACGUCGGGCUGUGGGGCGCCGGCGGGCGCGGCGCCGCCGCCGCACGUGGCGCGCACGCGGCCCGAGUCCCCGCUGGCCGCACACCAGCCGCUGCAGCCGAUACCGCCAAAGACUGAGCAAGUUGGUAGACGCAUCGGUUCGGGCCGCAUCAUGGUACGGGAUGUGCCCACCGGUACGUGGGAGGAAGGGGAGACUCGUCCCGAAACCCGUACCGAGCCGUACCGCCCGCCGCGCGAGCGUGAACGUGACCGCGAGCGUGACGAGCGCCGGACCAACGGCGACCGGUUCGAGCGGCGUUCGUUCGGUCGAGACGCCUUCUCCUCUGACAUCAAGAGGGAGAGGGAGGAUCGAUUUAACAACGAGAAGCCCCAUAGAGAGGACAACCGCAGAUCAGGUGGUCGGUAUUCCCAACGACGCUACGACAAGGAAGAUGAACCGGAAUGGUUUAGUGCGGGGCCCACAUCUCAGCUGGAAACUAUCGAGCUACGUGGCUUCGAUGAGCCUAUCAAGAAGAACGGCACGAGCAGUAAUAAGGAUAACGAAAAAUGCAGUAGUGGCAGUUCUCGGUCACCCGAGCGUUGGCGCUCGGACCCCGCCUCUCCGCCGCCACCUCCUGAGUCUCUCAACAAUAGCAAUGAUAAAGAUUCAGGAGUGGAGUCCAAGGGUGAGGAGCACCCGCUUCCACCGGAACCCGAUUUCAACCUGGACGAGUUCCUCAAGUUCGACUCCUUACCCGACGUAGCAUUGCUCACAAACGGCAGCAGUGAGACUGAGGGCAGUCGCUUUAGCCGCUGGUUCCGGCGCGACAGCCCGCCCGCUGACCGGCACUACGAGCGUCUCCUACACACUAUGAUAGAUGAUCUUGAUAGUUCAACGAACGACCGUCCUCCAGUGGUGGAGCCUCAGCCCAUCUACCCGACGCCUGUGGCGCCAGGGCCACCGGGGGCGGGGCGGGGCGGGCCCGCGCCCCCCUCCCUUCUGGACCUCCUUCGGCGAGCCACUGCCGAUACUGACCAUAGACCAGAAAUGAACUCGGUCAACAGCAAGAUGCAUAGCUUGGAGGAGUUAGAGGCGCGCUUAAGGCCGCAGCACCCCCCACCGUCCGAUCACGAUCUCUCCGCAUUUAAAAGACUGUUAGCACAGGUGUCUGGUGGACAGGCGCAAACCGCAGAGCCGCCCCGACCGCAACCGCAGCCGCAACCGCAUCCGCAGCCACCAAUGAGCAUUUUACAAAUGCUGAACAAAAGUAUGGAACAACAACAACAGCAGCAGCAACAACAGCAACAACAGCAACAACAGCAACAGCAGCAACAGCAGCAGCAGAAGGCGCCGCACAUCCCGCAGGAGUUCGUUUACAAGCUCAUGCAGUUGCAGCAGCGCCAACAGCAAUCCGGCGGCGAGCCUAGCCCUAUGGGCAACCCGCUCGGCAAUCCCCUUGGCUCAAUGGGCGGUAUGACUCCACCGAACGACCGAGAUCUGCUGCAGCGACCCGAAGCGCAGGCUAUUAUACACGGUCUGAAGGCUGGCGAAAUAACAGCGCAACAUUUGAUGCAGCAAUUAGGGAACCCCGGCCUGCAGAGCCGUCACCGAGAAGUGCUGCUAACUAUACUCCGUAUGCACCAGCAGCAGAGACAGCAAAUGGCUGGAUCGCCGCUUCCUCCGGGCGUGGCUCCUCACCUCGUGGUACCACCUCACCACCAGCCGCUGAGAUUAUCGCCGUUACCACAUCCAGGCGUACCAGCUCGCAUACCCUCACCACGAGAGUUGGCGGCGCAUACUCAAGUGAUAAUGCAAGGAGCUCUGCUCAAGAAGAAGUUGGAGGAGCAAAAGGAGAACUUCCGCAGGAAACACGAGAUACAGCACCAGCAGCAGGCCCAACAGCAGCAGUCGAAACAGUCCACACCCAUCUCUUUCACACCCACCUCGGUGCUGCGCAAGAUGACGGCGGAGAAGGAAGUGGAGGGCGGCCUCAAGUCGCCGUGGGCGUCGCCGCACGCGGGACUUGUGCCCAAGCCGCACGGAAGACCGAUAGUCAAGGGUAACCAGAGCGGCACGCCGACUAUGGGUUACGCGCCAACGCCUGAAUACCAGCAGCACUAUUUAAAUCAACAACAGAUGACGAACUCAAACCGAGCUUUCCCACAUGUCCAGCAAAGACAACCAAUGUCCAAUAAUCUAAACAUGAACAACAUGAACAAUAUGAACAACAUGAACAAUGUGAACAACAUGAAUAACAUGGGCAACAUGGGCGGCAUGGGCAACAUGGGCAACAUGGGCGGCAUGGGCGGCAACCGCGGCGCUGGCACCACCUUGCACCAAUUGCUCGUGCAGUCGCACCAGAGGACGCUCAACGAAAUGACCAGUGGCACAGGCGGCGGUGACAACCAGCUGGCGAGAUGGUUCUCCCCUGAACUCCUAGCUCGCGCCUCCGCGGGCAAAUUACCCUCAGUGCACGUACCUAAUGCCCUCUCGCUGGAAGACCUCGAGCGACACCACCAUUCGCCGGCGCCGCCCGUGCGCAACUGAGCCUCCAGACCCCACCCCCUCUAUUUAAAGCCUGCGCGUGCGACGUCACCCACGUGCCCGGACUGUUGUUGUGUUCUGUGCAAAGUGCAAGAAGUGAGAAACUCGAGUGAAAAUAAAGUGUUCAUAAUCACGUGAUAGAUGUACAUGAUAAAUUCGGGACGUGUGUCCCGUUGCUGGAUGAAAUGUAUUUGAAAAAAUAAAACUUUUGAAUGAGUACCAGUGAGAAUGAAAUGUUCGUAACCACGUGAUAGGUUUAUUUAGGACAGGAUGAGUAGUCCCGAAGCUCUUGCAUACACCACGGAUGGACUGAAGAAACUCACGGAUUUGAAAUGUCAUGGAUCCAGAAAAAAAUAAUAGGUCUAUAGAAAAACUAUGAUUGCAAUAAAUAAAUUAGGAGUCUAAAUUUAUAAGUCCUGUGGAAACUUUGGGCAGGAUUUCGAAUUAAAGUAUUUUCUUUUACACAAAAUUUCAGUAGUGCGCUUGAAAUUCGCGGCUCUGUUUUUGUUUUGUAGUUAUGUUAUUUUAAAAGAAACUUGCAUCGAAGGUCACAUGAUAGACAUAUCUGUGAUAAAAUUUUUUGAGAUCCUAAAGUGUAAAGUCAAAUGAAACUAAAUGUGUUUGUGUUUAUGUUCGUCAUAUAUUUACCGAAAGCUGUAAGACCAUAGCGGUGAACUGUUACCUAAAGAAAAGGUUGUGUAUCAAGGGACUCGAACAUAUGCCAUUUAUAGUUGUAAUUUUGACAGGUAAAAUAAUCUGUGGCGACGGGGAAUCCCCGUCCCCAUUUAAUAACAGUAACCUUAACAGUGUGAAGUAGCCUGUGCCUUAGGGAUGCUAGAUAUCUCUAUUGUAAAUUUCAUAAAAAUCGGUACUUGAGCCUAUAGGCUCAAAAAAGACAGACUUCCACACAUAUUAAGUUUGCAUAUAGUAUGUCAGUUUUCAUUUAAAACAAUAUUUCAUAAUUGGUUUAGGUACAGCUGAAAUUAUGUUUAUAAAAUACAUAAAAUAAAUUAAAUACUUAACUACAAGAACAUAAUAUUUACGCAGGUGGCUGGCGGAUUUUAAUUUUAAAAUGUUAUCAUUUUACCUAAAAUUAAACGGAAAGCAAAAUUUAUGCAUGGAUCUCAUAUUGUUAACAAAUGUUACUGAGUUGAUAAAACUACAAUACUCAUACCAUGAAGUUAUAGGAAAAGAGGUGGAUAGGUUAUAUUAAAGAAUAUAAUUCAAUGAGUCUCGUUUUUGUCAAACAACAGUGACUCAGUUAAGCUGUCCAAUGCUGCUGUCAAUUAAUUUUUCGGUGAAUAAGAAGCACCCUAUAACGAGAGUAAGCGGCGCGCUGUGGCUGCGGUAUCAAUCCAAAGAGAUAAUUCUACCCGUUACUCGUAUUUAUCUGUAGAGAUAGACGAAAUAAUGGGUAGACAUAACUCUCUCGUGGUAACUAGCCCUGCUGGCCAGUCCAAAAAGUUACUUAUCAUCAAAUAAAGUUACACGCAAGUAAGAGUAGAUCUUUUUAGUAGUUAACAAAACGUCUUGAAUUAUGUGACGACGACAGGUUUGCUAAUUGGCCAAGUUUUAGAGUCUCUUACAACUUAUGCACCUCUUUUUGCUUCAUACCCAAAAAGUGUAAACACAGUGUCAUAGACAAGGUUUGUUUAAAUAAAUAUGUAUAUUUAAACGAAUAAAUGAAGUAAGAUAUGCAAUAAAUAAACAUUAAAAACCAAAAAUAUUAUUUUACGGAACCCCCCUUUCUAUGACACUUGUGCAUAAUAUUAUAAGGCCACGUUGUCAAUGGCGACUAAACAUUAAAAAAAAAACUCUUAUUAAAAACUUGUAUACAUGCUUGUCAGUGAAGCCUUGACCUUACAUAAAAUCAACACUAAGAUGAGAAAAAAUAUAGACGGUAAACAUUAUAUUAUACAAAGAAGAACAUUUGUGUAUGUCCGUAAGUAACUGAACACAAGUUGACGCUUAUUUUAGUAUUUAUAAAGGUCUGAAUCAUAUUAAACAUUGUUCAUGUUGUUUGUUGUAACAAAAGUUUAUUUGGUUGUUGGGAAAACUUAACUAAAUUGAUAAGAGGAUAAAGUGUUCCUUGUAAGGGAUGAUUUACCUUUUUCCUUGACAUUAUCGCACCGUUCAGUGUCAUCAUCACCACCAUGCAAUCAGUGGCGUGCAUAGAGGGUAUGCACAGGGUAUUCAGAUGAUAUAAAAAGGAAGAAAAUCUCCAGUACAAGUUAUCAAAAACUUAAGGAUAUGCAUUGUAAGAUUGAUAAAAAACCUACCAUUAAGUAUUAAUAACUCGUACUGGAGAAUUUCUUCAUUUUAUAUCUGCAUACCCUGUGUGCAGUACCCCAGUGGUAUGGGGUCACAAAGUAAUAUAAAUGUCAUUUCCGCAUUGUUCAAGGUCAAAGGAAGUCAAUCUAAUAAAAAUAUGGUCUCUAAAUAGUCACCUUUCAAGGAAUGCAUAUGUCCUGUGAAUUUAGUUUAAGUGUUCCGAAUUAGCAAUUACGGUUUAUUAAAUGGGUAGCUGAAUGCGGGAUUCAAAAGGUUUGGUGUAAUAAUUUGUGAUAAGAUAUAUUAUACAAAAAAAGAUUAAAUAGUUUUCGACUUUUUUCUAUUUGGCCGUUAUUUGCAUUUCUUUAGAGCCCGCAUCAGCUCCCAUUAUAAGUCUCGCGUCACGAAAGUUGAAACUACUCUUGUAUCUGGUAGUGUGUAAGAUUUGCACACUUGCAAUUAUAAAUUAGUUUUCAAGUAUCGGUUAUACGAUAUUUGCUUCCGUAAAACUAACUUUAUCUUCCUUGUUUUAUGGCUCAAGUUCGUUCACAACUCUACAGACAACGUACUUAGUGGAAUUAACCGACGAUUAUCAGUCGCACAGAAAUAACCAGUUUAAUACAUAAACAUAAGGUCUAAUUUACAUUGACUUUAUGUAAUAUUGGCUUUUAUUUACCAAACCACGGUGCGCAGGCUGAAGAAGUGUACAUAAUUUGACCUUUAAAGCAAGGAACAUAAGACCGAUUUUACUACAUGACGAUUUUUAUAUUGCGAACAUCCAAUUAAAUAUCAUGGGUGACGCUAGUUUGUAAGCGAAUUUUAAAAGGGAAUUUCUUUUUCAACUUUCGUGGCGCGUAACUCACUGGAUUUUGAAAAAAAGGUGUACCUUAAUUCCAUGACGAUGGGGAAAAAUAAAUAAAACGAUCGUUACUGUGUGAAGCGAAGAACUCGGGCGGUUGAUAUUAUAUUUGAACGAUUGAAUGAGGUAUGAAACAAGCAUGAGUGAGUGAAUGUUAAAAUGUGGAGGCUUACGGUUGUGUUUAUAAGCGUUCUUUUUUGUUACUAGGUACAUCAAAUUUCGAGAAAUGAACGUUCUUAUAAUUUAUAAAGAUAAUGAAGACGUUAUAACGAA